CGUCUGUUUACAACCAUUACGGUGCAAACGUAUGAACGGACGACUCCAAGUGACUGCUUACAAAGUGUGUCCCCAUCGGUCAGUCUGUCUAGAGCAGUUGAAGAGGCCUUCAAAGAUGAGGAGGAGCCUUUUUCUGGCCAGUGUGAAUGAAUUGAUUGGUCCAUGGCCCAAGUCCUCAGACUCUCUCGCACCCUUCUUAACUGGAGUCCUCGAUGGGUCAGAAGCAUGUGUUCACUAGAAGAGCAAGCUCGGGCCAUCUUUGCUGCUGCUGUGGAGGGAGUGCAGCCGGACAACGUGGUACGCAGAGCUCUACAGCGACGGGGUGAUGAGUUGGUGGUGGCUGAGCACAGUUUCAAGCUCCAUCAUAACCUGCACCUAGUAGGGUUUGGGAAGGCUGUGCUGGGGAUGGCUGCAGAGGCAGAAAGGAUUGUGGGAGAUCACCUGGUUCAAGGGAUAGUUAGUGUGCCUCAUGGAAUUCAGGAAACACUGAAAUGUCACAGGAAGCUGAAUAUGUUGCUAGACACCGACAGUAAAAUAAAAGUGAUGGAAGGAGCUAAACACAACCUGCCAGACACAGAUGCCCAGAGAUCAGCGGAGAGCAUUUGGGAACUUGCCAGUAAUCUUACUGAGAGAGAUCUGCUGCUUGUUCUCAUAUCAGGUGGUGGCUCUGCUUUAUUACCUGCUCCAAUUCCACCAAUAACUCUUCAGGAAAAACAGGAAGUGGCACGUUGCCUGGCAGCUGCAGGGGCAACGAUUCAAGAGUUAAACACAGUGAGGCGAGCCUUGUCACUGUUGAAAGGUGGAGGCUUGGCCCAUUGCGCGUACCCUGCCCAGGUGGUCGGUCUGAUUUUGUCUGACAUCAUUGGAGAUCCAGUAGAUCUCAUAGCCAGUGGCCCAACAGUACAGAGUGAGACUUCACUGGCAGAAGUCUGGGCCAUCUUGAACCACUACAACCUCUCUGCCACUCUCCCAUUAUCUGUGAAAGAGGUUCUGAAUCAAACUGGUUCCCAACAGAGUAGCAGACUGAAGGAUCAACCACAGCAGGUCAACGUUCUCAACACUGUGAUUGGCUCCAAUACUAUUGCUCUGGAGUGCGCCAGCCAUAGAGCACAAGAGUUAGGCCUUCGACCAGUAAUUCUAUCUCCAGGGGUGUGUGGUAAUGUUCAAGCUGUGGCCCGACUCUAUGGCUUACUGUCUCGUUUUGCCUGUUCUCCAGGGAAGGAGCUUCCAGAGCUCAGAGAUCAGAUCCUCAAACUGGGGCCAGACGUUGGGGUGGGGAGCUCAGAACUUUGUCGCACAAUGAAACAUUUGGAAGUAGACCGGCAGGAAAGCUGGCAUGCCACAUGCCUGCUGGCUGGAGGUGAACCCACUGUCCAGCUACUGGGGAAAGGCAGAGGUGGAAGGAACCAAGAGCUAGCCCUAAGGGUGGGGCUAGAGCUCAGCAAGGAAAUGGAGAGAAGCAUGACCGUAUUCCUCAGUGGUGGAACUGAUGGUCAGGAUGGCCCAACUGAAGCAGCUGGAGCAGUUAGUGAUGGGAACAUGGAAGCAGAGGCCAAAAGUCAGGGACUGGACAUUGAUGGAUUUCUUUGCAACAAUGAUUCAUUCACAUUUUUCUCAUCCCUUUCCAAGGGGCAGAAGCUGCUUUUGCCAGGGCUCACCGGUACCAAUGUAAUGGAUGUUCAUAUGAUGAUUCUGCCCCACCAACACCAGAGUAACUGAUCCAAAAGAUUUUUACUUAAGAUUUUAGAUUGAGUUUAGGGAAAAUAUGUUUAAGCAUAAAAAGUUGAUGUGCAUAUUAAGAUUGAGAACAUCCAACAGGAUAUUCUUAGUGCCAUCAAGACAAGGUAAGAGCUUAUGGUAUAAUAUGGUAGUUAUUACCUGGUAAAUGAUCAUUUUGUAAGACAGAUUUUGUUUAUAUGAUACAUACAUAGUGUCUUGCAAAAGUAUUCAU